AUGACCUCCGCUAUGUAUGAUUCGGAUGAUGCUUUUAAUCGAUCGCCUCCUAUGGAGGCGAUUAAACCCAAUUAUGGAAAGAGCGAAACACCGCCACCGUUUGUUUCGACUAGCGAAAAAGAUGACGGUGCGGGUUCUCGUAAGCCCAACCAGCCGAAGCCUCAGCACUCAACCCUUCAGGGCGACCGAGUACUGAUGGAACAUCUAGCUCCGAAACACCAUGAGAUUGCCGCAGCGGCAAGCAUGUCGACAUUGGAACCAUUAUCUGGAAAUCACAAAAAUUUUAAACAACCACAAGACUUCGAUCCCAGAGGGAGGUCAAAUCCAUACAGAGAUGAUCCUCCACGAAAGAUAUCGUUGGAACUCGAGACAUACUCAGGCUCAGGCUUGGCCUCAUUUAAUGAGACUGAGACCAAACCCUUCCAUAAGGAAUUGGCCCCAAUCCCGCUACAGCCUAAACAGCCAGAGGUUGAGGUUAAAAAUGAGCUUCAAAGAGAGCGAGUUCCAUCAAUCAGUGUCCCGAGUCAACGAUCUCCACAAGGGUUGCUCUAUCUCAAAACCUCCUCGGAAAUCAAGCCUGAAUUUCCCCCCCUCCCAUCACUAAAAUUGACCCAACCACUCGCAAAAUCUCCAGAUAGCAGCAGCAAUAAACAAACGCUGCCGUCCAUCCAAAAAGCUCUCAGCGAAUUGUCAGACUUCUGCCCACCAGUCAACACAAUGCCAUCACCCUUCGCCCUCUCCUCAUGUCCCGGAUCAACUACAUCAGGGAACGAUUCUCCAUUCGACCGCACAUUUCCGGGAAAGUUUUCCAUCCCUCCAAGUCCUUUUUCUCACUUUUCGCCGGUGAGCGUAAAGGAUUCAUCUACCAACCCUUCUCCGGCCUCACACUCGUCCUUUUGGCGCAGAACACCCCAGUCUGAGAUGCUGUCCGCCCACACCCCGUAUGAGUCUUCCCCUAUGACUGCCAAAAGUCCAGCGACCAGCUAUCCUACGCCCACGGAACAGGUUGGCGUUGGUAUGGGUGAUCGGCAUUCGCUCGCUGCGUCCACUCCCCAGGCUAAUGGGGGGCCCGUGGGUAUUUACAAGUGCACACAUCAUGGAUGCACUGCUGCGCCCUUUCAAACUCAGUAUCUCCUCAACAGCUCCCACGCAAACGUGCACUCACAAGACCGCCCACACUUCUGCCCAGUAGAGGGCUGUCCACGCGCACUUGGCGGAAAAGGCUUCAAGCGCAAGAAUGAGAUGAUGCGCCAUGGCCUCGUACACAAUUCCCCAGGCUACGUCUGUCCUUUCUGCCCAGACCAGCAACACAAAUACCCGCGACCCGACAAUCUUCAACGACAUGUCCGUGUACACCACGUCGACAAAAACAAAGAUGAUCCCAUUCUCCGACAGGUUCUCGCGCAACGGCCGCUUGGUAGCGCCCGCGGGCGAAAACGAAGGACGAACAAUACAUGA